GCAAAAACUUGACCCAGUUUCGUCACACGUGUGGAGUUACAGAACUAGAGAGUUGUGUAAGAUCAGUACGAUUUAGGCUGAAGUAAACAGUGUCCAACAUGUUGACCGCAUCGAGAACGUCGGCGAGAUAUAUUAAAAACUGCACAAAUUUACUGAAACGACAGUUUUCUUCUCAGACUACAAAAAAGGGAGGUGUUACAUCAUGCAUAGCCAACAAAUAUUCCGCGCAACAUUCAAGUUGUCGGUCUUAUUCAGACAAAGUCAAGGGACAUGUUAUAGGUAUAGAUUUAGGCACUACAAACUCUUGUGUAGCCCUUAUGGAGGGUAAAAGUGCUAAAGUAUUAGAAAAUUCUGAAGGUGCACGGACAACACCAUCAGUAAUAGCUUUCACACAAAGUGGAGAAAGACUCACAGGAAUGCCUGCUAAACGACAAGCUGUCACAAACUCCCAGAAUACAUUAUCAGCAACAAAACGUCUUAUUGGAAGACGGUUUGAAGAUGCAGAAGUACAAAAAGAUUUAAAAAAUGUAUCAUAUAAGAUAGUGCGUGCCAGUAAUGGUGAUGCUUGGGUUGAGGCCCAAGGAAAGAUGUACUCUCCCAGUCAGGCAGGAGCCUUUGUUUUGAUGAAAAUGAAGGAAACCGCAGAGAACUAUCUUGGACAGCCUGUCAAGAAUGCUGUAGUCACUGUACCUGCUUAUUUCAAUGAUUCACAAAGACAGGCAACCAAAGAUGCUGGCCAGAUAGCCGGACUCAAUGUUCUACGUGUUAUCAAUGAACCAACAGCAGCCGCUCUGGCUUAUGGACUAGACAAAACAGACGAUAAAAUUAUCGCAGUCUAUGAUCUGGGUGGUGGCACCUUUGAUGUGUCAAUCCUAGAAAUUCAAAAAGGAGUAUUUGAAGUGAAAUCCACAAAUGGAGAUACUUUCCUUGGUGGAGAGGACUUUGAUAAUGAACUAUUGAAGUUCUUAGUGGCUGAGUUCAAGAAAGAUCAGGGAAUUGACAUCAGUAAAGACCCCAUGGCACUCCAAAGACUCAGAGAGGCUGCAGAGAAGGCAAAGUGUGAACUGUCAUCAGCCUUACAGACUGAUAUUAACUUGCCAUAUCUUACAAUGGAUGCCAGUGGACCAAAACAUAUGAAUCUACAACUGACACGUUCCAAAUUUGAGAGCAUUGUCGAUGGUCUGGUAAAGAGAACUAUUGGCCCAUGUCACAAAGCAAUGCAGGAUGCAGAUGUAUCUAAGUCUAACAUAGGAGAGGUGCUACUAGUCGGAGGAAUGACCAGAAUGCCAAAGGUACAAACUAUUGUCCAGGAUGUGUUUGGCAGAAGCCCUAGCAAGUCAGUGAACCCUGAUGAGGCAGUUGCCAUUGGCGCCGCUAUCCAAGGUGGUGUCCUCGCUGGUGAUGUAACAGAUGUCCUACUCCUAGAUGUCACCCCCUUGUCCCUGGGUAUUGAGACUCUAGGAGGAGUGUUCACCAAGCUAAUCAACAGAAAUACAACUAUUCCCACCAAGAAAAGCCAGGUGUUUUCAACAGCAGCUGAUGGUCAGACUCAGGUUGAGAUUAAAGUGCACCAAGGAGAGAGAGAGAUGGCAGCAGACAACAAAAUUCUUGGACAAUUCCAAUUGGUUGGAAUUCCCCCAGCCCCAAGAGGAGUCCCCCAGGUCGAAGUGACCUUUGACAUUGAUGCCAAUGGUAUUGUCAAUGUCUCUGCUAGAGACAAGGGAACAGGCAAAGAACAACAAAUUGUGAUCCAAUCAUCUGGUGGUCUUAGCAAGGAUGAGAUUGAGAAUAUGGUGAGAGAGUCAGAGAAGCAUGCUGCUGAAGAUGCUAAGAAGAGGGAUACAGUAGAGAUGGUGAAUAAGGCAGAGAACACAAUCCAUGAUACAGAGACCAAGAUGAACGAAUACAAGGAUCAACUCCCAGCUGAUGAGUGUGAGAAAAUCAAGGGCCACAUUGAAACAGUAAGAGAGGUUCUAGCCAAUAAGGACAAUGAAACACCAGAGAACAUCAAAGCUAAAGUAGAUGAAUUACAACAAGCCUCUCUGAAACUAUUUGAAAUGGCAUACAAGAAGAUGGCCUCAGAACGUGAUGGUGGUAGUAGCGGGGCUUCCCAGGAUUCCACACAAUCGUCAACUGAAGAAAACAAAGAUGACAAAGACAAAAAAGAAGGACAGAAUUAACAUUGACUUUCUUUAGAACAAUUAAUUUAUGUAUAAAGUGAAUAUAGAAGUAAGGAGACAGAAAAGUGUCUGGUAGUGUAUUCUCUGAUGAUGGAGCAUACAUGUAGCCAUGUGAAAUGUUGGAACAAAAUGAAUGUGUGUAAUAAUAUUACUAUGGAGAGUGUACGUAUAUGUGCUAGUAAUGUAGAAUUCUUUUGUUUGUUAUUCAUUUGCCAACAGAAUCCACGCAAUGUAAAUUGAAAGGCAUGCUUUACAGUCUAAAAAGUUUUGAAUUUGGAAAUGAAGAUUCAUCAUUCAUGUCCCCUUGUUUUGCAUAAUUAUAGUCAAUAAUAGAUAACCUUAACAUAUACAAUACCAUUGAAUUUAGAAAAUCAUGUUUAAUUUCACUAUUUUUGUGCAGUCUUGUACAGUGCUUGUUCCAUUACAUUGUCUUGUUAUCAGGAUUAAUUUAAUACAGUGUAAAAUAGACUGUGAAUAAAUUGUAUUUUAGACAUUAUAUUAAAAGAAA